CCUUACUUCUCGGCUGGCGGCCUUGUUAUGCAUAUUGCAUUCUAGUCUAGGUUUUGCUUUUUCCUAGGUUCCUUCCUCUGGCUCAAGGUGGCCAAUCUUUUUUUGGUACCUUUGACAUCCUCUGGGAUGCCACCAAAUUUCCUUAUCUGAAUCAUAUUCACCAUCGUAUCAUCGUGGGCAAACCCUCUCGCUGUAUUUACCAUCUUCACAAUCAGAAUGGCGGACGCGUUGAAACCAUCGCUCUCGCGUGAUGCAAAACAGCCACAUACGAAUAAUCAUGACGCCCCUGUAGAGGCAGGGGAUACGGAACUGCUAGCGACCCUGGGUUACAAGCAAGAACUCCGUCGCCACUAUUCUACGGUCCAGAUCUUUGCUGUCGCUUUCAGCAUCAUGGGUCUUCUGCCAUCGAUUGCUUCAACUCUAUCUUUCUCAAUGCCUGCUGGACCAGUGGGAAUGGUUUGGGGUAUGCAGCUACUUCUCUCUGGCGUGCAUGGAUGCCGGGUUGUUGACAAAGAUCUAUAG